AUGAGCAACUCAGGGCUCGCGUGCUUGUUCGACGCGCACGCGCUUCAAUGGCGGCUCGUGAAGCUGCGACACGGGGACGCGUGCGCCCGGCGCUACAGGUGCCAUGAUGACUUUUUGAAAGAGGCGCGCUGGCCGCCGCGGCCGAAACUGUGGACCACGGACGACCCGCCGCGCCUUGACAUGGAAGGCCCGCCGCGCCUUGACAUGGAAGGUCCGCCGCGCGCGGAGACCUGGGCAAGGAAUUCUGACUCCUCCCCCUCCCACCCGCCACCUCCAUCCUCGCCACCAGCACCACUCGCAGGCGCAGCCGAGGCAGAUGUGCGCGCAGCAGCAGCGGAAGCGGUGGCGGCGGCAGCGGCAGCAGCAACAGCAGCAGCAGCAGCAGCAGCAGCAGCAGCAGCAGCAGCAGCAGCAGCAGCAGCAGCAGCAGCAGCAGCAGCAGCAGCAGCAGCAGCAGCAGCAGCAGCAGCAGCAGCAGCAGCAGCAGCAGCAGCAGCAGCAGCAGCAGCAGCAGCAGCAGCAGCAGCAGCAGCAGCAGCAGCAGCAGCAGAGGGGCGGCAUGCAGCGCCGUUCCUAGUGGACGAGCUGAUGGGCAUGGAGCAGCUGAGGCGCGUGACGGUGAUGUGCGACUGGGGGUACUACGAUUGCAACUACGGCUGCCACGACCCUGAAUCGUCCCGCCCCUUCAUCGACCCGCAUCAUGUCUCGCCCCUUCCGCUCCCCGUUGCCUUGCGCACGCGACUCGAGCAGCUGCUGUCGCCGCGAAAUCAGCAGCACGUCAGCGCGCUGCACAUGCCCGUGACAACCGGCAGAUACUCAGGCCGCGCGUGGCAUAUUGGGGAAAUUAUGGGCUUGGCGCGCUCUUGCGUGAACCUGCGGUCGCUGCACCUUGUUUACGAGCUGCCGUCUAGUGCCUCGUGCCCGAUUCACCUGAAAAAGCUCUGUGAUUGGGGAUGGAACAAGCACGCUCAGGCGGAGCAGAUGAGGCAGCUUAUAACGAGUUGUCCGCAUCUACGCUCACUGCACUUCGUCCUCUGUAGCAACAACUACCUCACAAUGAGUGAAGAAGUAGCUGCCUUGCUCUCCCGUCUCGCCCACCUCUCGCUCCCGCUCUUCGACCUCCCGCCUUAUCUCCUUCCCCACCUCUCCUCCCUCCGCUCCCUCCGUCUCUCCCUCUCUGCUCCCCACCACCCUCUCCUCCUCUCCGGUCGCCCCUUCCACUCUCUCUCCCGCCUCUCCCUCCUCCACCUCUCCCUUGGAACCCCCACCACCCCCCUUUUCGAGCCUCUCUCGCCGGACCUGUUUGCUGGGCUCGGACCGACCCUGUCGUCUUUAACGUUCCUAGUGUGUGCAAAGCCGACAGGGGGGGAAGAGAUGAGGAGGAAAAGGCGUGGUGUGAGGGCGCAGGGAAAAAGGGGUGGGGGUGGGGGGAUGAGGGAGAGUGAAGGAGGUAACGGCGAGCGGAAGGGAGGAGGACGAGAGGAGGAGGAGGAGGAGGAGGAGGAGGAGGAGGAGGAGGAGGAGGAGGAGGAGGAGGAGGAGGAGGAGGAGGAAGAGGAGGAGGAGGAGGAGGAGGAGGAGGAGGAUGGAGGCGGAUGGGUGGGGGAUGGGUGGGGUGGGGAGGACUCGGUGGUGGGGUGGCUGCCUGCCUCGCUGUGGUCGCUCACGCGCCUGCAGCAGCUCACCACCAACGUGGGAGGCGAGUGGCACUGCAUGGGCCUCAACGCCCUCUUUGCCCCGCACGCCUCCCUCUCCUCUUCCUGCCGCUGCUGCUGUUCCUCCAGCAGCGACGAUUCUACACACCCCCACCAGCGGCACCAUCAAUGCCUUGCUGCCCUCUCUAACCUGACCUCUCUUUCCCUCCUCGCUCACCGUACCUUCCCUCCCUGCCUCUCCUCCCUCUCCUCCCUCACUCUCCUCUCCAUCCCCCUCGCCUCCCCUCUCCAAUCCCCCGCUUCUCUCGCUCUCUUCACCCAGUGGCCCCGUUUGUCUCAUCUGCACGUGAAUGGUGAGGGUCCCGCCAAACCAACCUUCUGCUACACCAAAAUUGCAACUGGUCUCGCCGAACCUCCCACAAGCCCCGAAGCAACCCCUUCGUCAGACUCCCUCCGCCACGUCAUUCUCACGGGGACAGCUGGCGUCAUCCCAUUGGCAGUGUGGGGCCGGCUGUGCCCUCAGCUGCAGUCCCUCAAGAUCCAAGGCUCGCCCCUCGUGGCUGUACAAGGAUGGGGGGGGGCAUUGGGGGAGGCGAAAGGGGAGGGGGAUGUGGGGAAGGGCGCAUGUGGUGGAGCGGAUAAGCUACCUGCGUGUUUCUUUCCUUUUCUUGAGGAGCUUGUGUUGGUCAACGUGAGAAACCAUGCAUGUUCUCACUCAGGGCAAGGGCCCUCAAGACCAGAGGAUACUGGCCCGCAGCGGCAGCAGCAGCAGCAGCCGCAGCAGCAGCCUCAGCAGCAGCCGCAGCCGCAGCAUACGCUCGCAUUCAUGGGUAUGCUGCCGCGCCUGACCCACUUGGCCAUCCAUGACUCCCCACGGCCGUCCCACCCGCCCAUGCACGCACCCACCAUCCUGCCGCACCUCCUCCCGAACCUCACCUUCCUGCGCAUCCACUCCCCCCCACGUGCCCCCCUGCCCGUGCUGCCCCACCUGCGCACGCUCAUAGUGGGGUCCUACCCACACUCCUCGCGCUUCCUCGCGUCGCUCGCCCUCUUCCCCGCCCUCACUGCCCUCCGCAUCUUCAACCUCUCCAUGCACAACUACCACUCCGCCCUCUCCUGCCCUCCCCACCUCAAAUCGCUCCAAAUCUGCCACUCCCACACUCCCUUCCUCCCCGACUGCCUCCGCCUCUUCUCCUCCGUCACUCGCCUCCACCUCUUUCAGUGUAUGCCGCUCCGCGCCCUCCCCUCAUUCCUCUCGACCUUUUCCUCCCUCACCCACUUCUCCUUCGACCGUGGCUGCAACCCUGUUGUGGUGCCCCUGGAGCUUGAAGGGUACCUGCAGGGGAAAGGGUGGGUGCGAGAGAAGGAGGAGGAGCAGAAAAGGAAGGGGCAUCAAGGGAGGAAACCGAAGACAGAAUGGGAGAUUGAGGAGGAGAGGAAGAGAAAGAUGAUAAUUCAGAGUGUGUUUGAGGGAUCGGUGUUGAGUGAGGAGCAGAAGAAGGAGCAGAGGGAGUGGUGGAGGCAGGUGGGGAGGAAGGCGGAAGAGCAGUGGGAGUGGAGUGAGGUUGUAGGAGAGGGGCAGGACGAGCAGCAGCAGCAGGAGAAGGAAGAGCGUCGGCAGGAGGAAGAGGGUCGGCAGGAGGAGGAAGAGCGUCGGCAGGAGGAGGAAGAGCGUCAGCAGGAGGAGGAAGAACGGCGGCAGGAGGCGGAGCAGGGAGGCGAGUUGGUGCAAGGGGUACAGGAGGUGAAGGUGAGAGGCUCAUGCAAGGACGCGGAUGACUACAAUCAUGAUUCGCACGACCAACCAAACUUAAAACCAGAGAACAGCGGAAUCAGCAACAGUGAUGACAGCAGCACUCCCAACGGUACACAGCUGUUGCAGCUGCCAUGGGAGGUGCUGCAAAGCGUGGUGCAGCGGGUGCAGAGUCCUGUGGAGCAGGCGAAAGUGAGACUGGUCAGUCCCAGCAGGAUAAGCCACCACGAGACAACAGCAGCAGCAGCAGCAGGUCUCAACGGUUCUCCUCUCUUCUCCUCCACGUGGCUCCCCUCCGUUUCUCCCUUCUGGGUCAUCCACUCCUCCCCCACCUCCCCCUUCUCCCUGCUCCCCUCCUCCCACCCUCCCUUCACCCUCCCCCCUUCCAUCACCCCCUCCUCCCUCUCCACCUGCUUCACCCACUAUCUAAGCGCCGAGGAACACCUCUCCCCCAUCUGGUGGGGAAAUGGGCCGGAAGGCUGGCAGGACGGCUGGUGGGAGGCUGCUGGCACGGAGGCGAAUCAAGAGAUGGAGAGGGGGCUGUUUGCCGUGAUCAAGAGAUGCCGGGGACUCAACCAGCUGUGCGUUCAAGGGGAGACCCUCACAGACCGACUCAAACUCCCCGACUCUCUCUUCCUCCGCUGCCCGCAACUCACUGCCCUCUCCCUCCCUCUCUCCCGCCUUCCCUCCUCCCUCCUCCUCCUCUCACACCUCACCUCCCUCGCCCUCGCCCUCCCAGCAGACCCCAUGCCGCCCUGCCUCUCCCUCCCCUCCCCCUUCGCCCACCUCUGCUCCCUCCGCUCGCUCUCUCUGUACGUGCCUAACACCCUCCACCGCUACUACCUUCCUGAGGACGGCAGCAGCUGGAGUAGCGUGUCUGGCGACCUGCUGCUGGGUCUGCCCUCCUGCCUCUCCACCCUCUCCCUGCACCUCCCCGUAUUCACCAUGCCCUCUUCCUUCUCCUGCCUCACUUCCCUCACUCGCCUCGACUCCAACCUCUGGAUUCCGGGACUGGAUGAUGAUGACGAGGAGGAGGAGGAGGAGGAGGAGAAAGAGGAGGAGGAGGAGGGGGGGGAAGAGGAGGAAGGGGUGGGAGAGGAUGAUGGUGAUGAUGGUGAUGAGGAGGAGGAGGAGCAAAGAAAUGGGUUUGCCAAUGCAGGUGUUGCCUCGAGACUUACUGAAGAGAGACUGCUGCCUCUCUGCAACCUCACCUCCCUCUCUCUCUCCCACUACCAAUUCUUCCCCUCUCUCAUUCCCCACCUCACCCGCCUCACCUCGCUCUCCCUCCCAUCCCUCCACUGCGCAAACGACCUCUCUCGUCUCACUCGCCUGGAGGACCUUUUCCUCGCCUGCAACAGCCGCUGCGACAGCUCCGACUCACCCUGCCUGCCCCACCUGCCCCGCCUGCGUCGCCUGCGCGUGCAAUGCCCCGAUCAUCCCAUGUACGUCGCUCGGUUCAUAGCGCGCGUGGCAGCAUCUCUGGAGCAGCUCGACGUGCGCGCCGACCUCAUCCGUUACUCCGAGGGGAAUCUUUGCGCGUGGUGCACAGACAGCGGUGAAUGGACGGCGCCUGUGUUUCCCAAGCUCAAGGUGCUGCAGCUGCUCGGCAACUCAGGCCCCUCUUCCCACGUCGACAUGGAUCUCUUCCCUGCCCUGGAGCACAUGGCACUCGCUGGCAGCCGAUAUGUGUCCUGGAAGGUGGAGAGUGGCUGCUCUGCCAACCUCCGCUUCCUGCACUUGCACAGUGCAAAGCUGUCGGGAUAUGACAGUGAUCGUCACCUGACGCAGCUCACGGCGCUGACCACUCUGGUGGUGGACAACGCUGACUGCCGGGACUUCCUUGCAUGCCUCUCCUGCUUCUCCUCCCUGCACACCCUCCGCCUCUCCAACAUCACCAGAGGCUGCUCCCAGCCCUAUCUCACGUGCCCGCCUCGCCUCGCCACGCUUCAAAUCUGCCGCUGCGACCUGCCGCACCUCCCAUCCUCGCUGCUCAAAUUCUCCCGCCUCACUCGUCUCGACCUCCUCCACUGGCGCCGCUUGCACUCUCUCCCGCCUUUCCUCUCCCAGUUCACGUUGCUCCGUCAUUUCAGAGUCACUUGCGAUGGCCCCAUGCCCCACGUGCCUCCAUGCCUGGAAGACUUUCUCAAAGGGAAGGAAUGGUACGAGCAUUCGCCCUGUGAUGGGAGCUUUGACAGCUGA